GUAGUCUUGGACAAAUUUGUCUCUUCGGAAAGUAAUGUGAUGGAAUGCCGUGCUAGAAAAUGCCACUUGUAGAGUGUAAUUUGACUCCUCGGUGCCGCAUAAUAAUGGUAGACUGAACACAGAAAAAAAUGACAGAGGUUAAGUGUGGAAUCGUGACAUUACAUGAUGGGCGUGGCAAGGCUCAACCAAUCAGACUGCAGCUGAUGACAGAAACUCUGGUCAUACAGAAAGAGGAAUGGGUGACGGCACCACUGGAGGAGGAAGAUGAGGUGUUCCUGAAUAUGAUCCGUGAGGUGUCGAUCAACCGUGAGGGAGCCAGUGGUUUAGGGCUGUGCGUGAAAGGAGGGGCCGAACACAACCUCCCAGUCCUCAUCUCUCGGAUCAUCAACGGCCAGGCGGCAGACAGGUCCGGGGAGCUCAUCGUCGGGGAUGCCAUCCUGCAGGUGAACGGCAAUAAUGUGGAGGACUACACCCAUGACCAGGUUGUCAAGGCGAUGAAGGACACCGAAGGAAGCAUUGUGAAGCUGGCAGUGAAACACUUCCGCCCUGCGUCACACUUCCUCAACAAAGGUAAUUCUUGUAACCAAGUGCGCUCCAAAACAGAUGAUCCUCCACUGUCUGGUCCCCUGAUCCCUGGUCUUCCGAGGCUGGAGCGACAGUGGACGACGGUCACCUCGAUACCGCUACUCUAUGGCAGGCUGACCAGGUUCCUGCCAGGCACAGACAAACUCAGAAUGAACAGUUUUGAGGUGUUUGGCUGUGACGGCUCCAGCUCGGGGGUGUUGCACUGUGAGGACAACCGCAUGUUGGCCGAGUGGAUCCAGUCCAUCACAACCAUCAUCGACAGUCUGCUCACACAGAUGGUUCAGAUGACGAACAAGAUGCUGCUGUCUGAGGACCAUAUAGCACACAUGUGCUGGAGCCAGCAGCGGAUGUCAGCUGCAGUCCACAACCAGCCAUGGAAAGCCAAGUUCAUGGCUCUCAAGGGACCCGAGGUCUUUCUCUUUGAUGUACCACCUAUGCAUGCUCGUGACUGGACCCGCUGUGAUAUGAAGUACAAGGUGUAUGAAUGUAUGUUCAAGAUGCUGAAGGAUGAAGAGCUUCCAGACGACCGCCAGCAUUGCUGCUCUGUCCAGACAGGAAGUGGCGAGUCUAUCGUGCUGAGUGUGGAGGCUAGAUCAGACUUGUUACAUAUUGAGAGAGCAUGGUACAAGACCAACAGUCUCGCCGUCCAUAGGAUCAAGAAUAUAACAUUUGGCUGCUCAUGGCGAGGUCGUUUGUCCGGCCUCACUCUGGAUCUGGAACAUGGCUUCUCAUUGGUGGACCAUGAGACCAAGACAUAUGUGUGGACCUACCGCUUCUCCCAGCUGAAGGGAUCAUCAGAUGACGGCAAGACCAAACUCAAACUGCUCUUCCAGAAUGACCUGAGCAGGAGUGUAGAAUCUAGGGAGAUCGAGUGCACAAGUCUGCAUACACUGAUGUUCUGUGUCCAUGCAUUCCUGUCUGCCAAGCUGUCGUCCGUUGAUCCCAACUUCCUUAGCAACUACUAGACCCGCCCAGCAACCAUUCAUCAUCAGAUAUGUUGUCAUAGGGACAACAUGUGUAAUGUUUCAGCUUGGUGAUGUUUCAGCACAGCUGUUAUGCUUCAGUGUUAUUGACUUCAGUUACAGUAUUUGAAUGGAUGAAGAAUCUCAUGGAAUAUAUUUUGUUACUAUAUUCAGAAACAUAUGUAUAGUCAAGAAGCCCGGACUAGACUAGGUCUUCAGCACUCUGUUGUUUGUCCUAAAAGGUGACAAGACUGGAUCAGGUGGUCAGGCUCAGUGACUGUUGAUUGCAUGGCAAUGUGCCGUGACACCAUGGGACAAUGCUCAUAAUAUCAACCACUGGUUGUUUGACCUUAUUUGAUUAUUUACAGACCAGUGAUAUAGCUGGAAUAUUGCUGUCUGGGUCAUUAAGCAUCAAAUAAACAGUCAAAUUUCACUGUUUUAAGUACCUGCUACUCCGACAAGUCAUGUUCAUUCAACACUUGAAACAGUGUUGUUUAUCCUUCUUUUUGACUGAUGAAGAUGUUGUGGUUUGAGAUGGAUUGUCACAAUCAUACAGUAACUUGAUUUACAAGAGAAACACUCUUCACAUGCUUGAGAUUAGGUUUUCCUGGGGUUAUUAACCCUAAAACAAAACAACCCUCUGGUUUAUAUGCAACAUGGGUCCCCUGCCCAUCAGGUCCCAGUUUACCUUGUGAUGAGUCUCUGGUCUCUCUGAAAGACUGAAUGAAGAAUGUACUCUAUUAUUAUUCAUGUCAGUUUCUAACACCUACAUUUGCAUAAAUAUGUACACUGUUGCAGUGAAGAUUACCACAGUAUGCAAACCCAGAAAUACUACAGUUGGAGUUUUUCGUCCAUGAUAACUUAAACAUAUAUACGUUUUCAAGAUGUCUGACAUUGUCUGUAAGCAAGUUUAGUGAUGUGGAAAGAGAUGAGAAGAAGGCUUAGCCUGAUCUGUAUAGCUCACUAAUAAGACUUCAGUUUAGAAUCAUAGGCCUCAUACACAUUAGAGUGAUUAUAACGCUGAAGUACAGAAUUAAGUCAUUGUUCAUGACAAAUUAUCCAGUUUCUCAAGCAAAACACAGAAAACUAAGUCCAUGAAAAAUUAAAAAGAUUUACUGUAUCCUUGUCACAUUUAUAACAUUGUGACAUCAAUAAAUAUUUUUCAGGGCAACAAAUUCAUUAUGUUUAUGAUGAUUUCUCGAUUUUAACAGAUCUUUCCUUGCCUAGAACUCAAGCUCCUCACAGUGAUACCUCAAUCCCUGCUCUCUAUGCUCAGGUGAUACUGUGAGGGUAACAAAGGUGGCAUAUGCUGUGAUGGAGCUGGGGCUAAACUAUGUAAACAUUUUUUAGCAAAUUGUUUCUUUGCCUACUGAAAGAAGGAAAAUGUUACCUGGUCAUUUGAAAAUUAUCUUCUGAUGACCAUAGAGGAUAAUGCUAAAGUUUGUAUGUAUUGUUGAAGGACAAUGUGAUAUAACCCCAUUGGUUGUGCUCAUUAGUAUCGAGGUAGUUAUAGAUUUACAGUUAGCAUAGUACCAACUGCCAGUUUUCUUUCAGAAUCCAUGCAACUUUGUAAAUAUCCAGAGAUAAUAUAUGAAGCUUUUGCAAUAUCCCAAGAAUUCUUUCACCUUUGCUUUAAUUUCAGGGCAAUUCUAUAUCGUGUUUAGUUGUUUAACACAACAGAAGCAGGUUUAAAUGAAACGAAUAUUUUUUUAUUUGUGCAUACUUAUUUUUAGCAUUUUUUGCAAUCAUGACAAUCUUCAUAUGAUGCUGUUUGAAGUUUUAGUCUCUAGUUAACAAUUGGUUGAGAAAGGUGGUAAAAAUGGUUUAUUAAGGCUAAAAUAAAUAAUAGUCUUGGUUCUCAGGCACUGCCCACAUCAUCCUAAAGUUCAUUGCAAGUUUCUUUUUUGUUUCCAUUUUAAAUUUUUUUGGUGCAUUGUGUUUAAGUAUUAGGAUUUUUAUAUUUUUUUGAAAAUGGAAAUAAAAACAAAACGUGCGGCAGACUUUAGGAUGAUGCUGGUGGUGCCUGAGAACCAACACUAUUAAUUAUUUUAGCCUAAUUUCCUUGGUAUGAGUUUCUGCUUGCUUUCUUAUAUAUAAGGUAUACUUCAUGAGUUAGAUCUGAAGUGUGUACACUAUUAUUUGAAUGUACACAUCUCAACACAACUUUUACAACAUUAUUUCCAUGUGAACCACAUGUUUCGAAACAGCAAAUACUAUGACCCCCAGACAAAAACCUUUCUUCAAAACCUCCUCUUCUUGAUUUGACCACCACUAUGGGUGUUGAACCUGCAAGAUAGCUUGCCUCAGAAUGACAGUCGGUGUUAACAAAGAAGAAUAGAAUUUGAGCAAUAAAAUGUCAUGGUAGAGACUAAAAUUCUUCUGUGGAUGGUCAUGUUGAGAGGGUUGAGUGAGGACAUAUUUAUAGCUCCCAGGACCCAAGAUCUCCCACCCAGUGGGCUUAUAACAUGGCACAUUGCCCGUUUUCUGUCCAGUUGUUGCCUAGCUGCUAACUUUCAACUUCUCCAACACAGAUGAAAUUUGCAACUUCCAGAUUGCUAAUAAAUGAAAAAUAAACUCGUAGGUCACACCAUCACAGAAGUAUGAAAAUUAUCCCAUUUGUGUUUUGUUGGAAUAAUUUUUUUUAUCUUUAUUCACCAGUUUGACGAACUUGUUUUUGUCAUAAAAACUGAUUAUAAAAUAUUUUGCCAAAGGUCAUUUUAUUUUAUUUUUUCAGUGUUUUUUUCUCAGGUAGUUUUUGUCGGUCAGUUACAUAAACUAGCUAAAAACAUUGUAAGGCCGAUUGUUCACUAAACGUACCAUCACUUCUCAUUAAAGAUACAUGUAUGAAAGAAUAAGGGACAGGCUUCUAAUAAGAGCUGUUCUCUGAUACAGGCCUUAAUUUGAACUGUCCAGAAAUAUGGUGAUAUUCUGGACACUUUAACUGUAGCUGGUGAGCAGCGGUGCCAUGAACACCAUUUUUUGUUACAUGUUUUUGCUUAUUUUAUAAUGGUACUAGUCAUUCGUGGUUAUUUGAACUGAUAUUGUCAGUCAUUGUGUUAAGUGUACCAGAGUAUGUGACAAUGAAUAACUAAGCUAAUAUUGUUAGACAUUGUGAUGUGCUAUGUGAACAAGAUAUGGAAUAAGGCAUGGUUUGGAAAUUACCGUCAUAGAUAGGAAAAGGUUGUAUUGACAAAAUGCAUGUUAUAGGAAGGUUUGUUGUUCGUGCAUGAUAAAUUUUUGAGUUUGUGACAGUUUGUGAAGAGGAAUUAGUGGGUUGUGGAGUGAUAUAUUUUCCUACCUGCCUGUUAGUGAAACCAGCAAUUCUGCAAAAGAUUGCUAUAUUUUGUUUUAUUGUUGUUUUUUUCAUAUUUUGUAGUUGAUUUGUACCCCUUGGAAGUAUACAUUAGCUGAACAUAGUAGUGACCCCAGCCAGUGAGCUGUGAUGAGAACGAUGGUGCAAUCACUGAUUUGAUAUUAUACCAAAGAAUUGGUAAUAUGCUUGUAGUCACUUGUGUACUUAUAAACAAGACCCCCAUGUAAAAUGUAGCUGUAGUAACAGGUAGCAUAUUGCUACAGAAAUCCAAGUACCAUAUUCAAAGUAAUAAGCACCCAGGGCGCUCACAAAAUUAGAAAUAGGGGGCUCUUAUUAGGAUAUUAUUUUGGUGAAAGCCUGAAAUGUUUAUGUAUGACAGAUAUAUUUUUCCAGAAUUUAAUUUCCCAUA